AGCUUGGAAAAUUUCCAAGAAAUCUGAGGGCAGGUAGGGGCGACGAAGGAGCCACCCCAGGGUGUAGCUCCCAAUUUGGACAGCUCCGCGAGACCCCACCUCACCGCACCCCCACUCCGGGCUGCCUCCCAGCCUCCUGCGGUUGUCAUGGCAACUCAUGCCCGGCUCUCCCAGGGGCGGUGCCAACCUUGCUCCCCCCACCAUCACUUCCUCCCCCCUCCCUCCACGUCCCUCCCUCCUUUGUGUCAGCUGCGCCCCUGACCGGGAUGGCUGCGAAGAGGGGGACCAAGACGAGCAUGAAGAACAUGGAGAAGGAACUGCUGUGCCCAGUGUGCCAAGAGAUGUACAAGCAGCCGCUGGUGCUGCCCUGUACCCACAACGUGUGCCAGGCCUGUGCGCGCGAGGUGCUGGGCCAGCAGGGCUAUGUAGGCCACGGUGGGGACCCCAGCUCCGAGCCCACGUCUCCUGCCUCCACCCCUUCCACCCGCAGCCCCCGCCUGUCCCGCAGAACUCUCCCUAAGCCAGAACGCUUGGACCGGCUGCUGAAGUCAGGCUUUGGGACGUACCCCGGGCGGAAGCGAGGUGCUCUGCACCCCCAGGUGAUCAUGUUCCCGUGCCCAGCCUGCCAGGGCGAUGUGGAGCUGGGGGAGCGGGGCCUGGCAGGCCUGUUCCGGAACCUGACCCUGGAGCGCGUGGUGGAGCGGUACCGGCAGAGUGUGAGCGUGGGUGGCUCCAUCCUGUGCCAGCUGUGCAAGCCCCCAGCACUGGAGGCCACCAAGGGCUGCACCGAGUGCCGUGCCACCUUCUGCAACGAGUGCUUUAAGCUCUUCCACCCCUGGGGCACCCAGAAGGCCCAGCAUGAGCCCACCCUGCCCACCCUCUCCUUCCGCCCCAAGGGCCUCAUGUGCCCAGACCACAAGGAAGAGGUGACCCACUACUGCAAGACAUGCCAACGUCUGGUAUGCCAGCUCUGCCGAGUGAGGCGCACCCACAGCGGACACAAGAUCACACCGGUGCUCAGCGCCUACCAGGCCCUCAAGGACAAACUGACAAAGAGCCUGACAUACAUCCUAGGAAACCAGGACACAGUACAGACCCAGAUCUGUGAGCUGGAGGAGACCUUGAGGCACACUGAGGUGAGUGGUCAGCAGGCCAAGGAGGAGGUGUCGCAGCUGGUGCGGGGUCUGGGUGCGGUGCUGGAGGAGAAGAGGGCGUCGCUGCUUCAGGCCGUAGAGGAAUGCCAGCAGGAGCGGCUGGCCCGCCUCAGUGCCCAGCUCCAAGAGCACCGGAGCCUCUUAGAUGGCUCAGGCCUGGUGGGCUACGCCCAGGAGGUCCUUAAGGAAACGGACCAGCCUUGCUUUGUGCAAGCAGCCAAGCAGUUACAUAACAGGAUCGCUCGGGCGACAGAGGCCCUCCAGAUGUUCCGGCCAGCUGCCAACUCCUCCUUCCGCCAUUGCCAGCUGGACGUGGGGCGAGAGAUGAAGCUGCUGACAGAGCUGAACUUCCUUCGAGUGCCCGAGGCUCCGGUCAUCGACACGCAGCGCACCUUCGCCUACGACCAGAUCUUCCUGUGCUGGCGGCUGCCCCCGCACUCGCCGCCUGCCUGGCACUACACCAUUGAGUUCCGGCGCACAGACGUGCCUGCCCAGCCGGGGCCCGCCCACUGGCAGCGGCGGGAGGAGGUGAGGGGCACCAGUGCCCUGCUGGAGAACCCCGACACCGGCUCCGUGUACGUGCUGCGUGUCCGCGGCUGCAACAAGGCAGGCUAUGGCGAGUACAGUGAGGACGUGCACCUGCACACACCCCCAGCGCCCGUCCUUCACUUCUUCCUCGACGGCCGCUGGGGCGCCAGCCGGGAGAGGCUGGCCAUCAGCAAGGACCAGCGGGCGGUGCGCAGUGUGCCCGGGCUGCCCCUGCUCCUGGCGGCCGAGCGGCUGCUCACCGGCUGCCACCUGAGUGUGGACGUGGUCCUGGGCGACGUGGCCGUGACCCAGGGCCGCAGCUACUGGGCCUGCGCCGUCGACCCAGCCUCCUACCUGGUCAAGGUGGGCGUCGGGCUGGAGAGCAAACUUCAGGAGAGCUUCCAGGGCGCCGCCGAUGUGAUCAGCCCCAGGUACGACCCGGACAGCGGACACGACAGCGGGGCCGAGGAUGCCACGGUGGAGGCGUCGCCACCCUUCGCUUUCCUCACCAUCGGCAUGGGCAAGAUCCUGCUGGGGGCCGGGGCCAGCGCCAGCGCAGGGCUGACUGACUAUGAGCAGGGCCGGGUUUCUUUCCUGGACGCGGUGUCCUUCCGGGGGCUCCUGGAGUGCCCCCUGGACUGCUCGGGGCCCGUGUGCCCUGCCUUCUGCUUCAUUGGGGGGGGCGCUGUGCAGCUGCAGGAGCCCGUGGGCACCAAGCCCGAGAGGAAGGUCACCAUCGGGGGCUUCGCCAAGCUGGACUGACGGUCUCCGGCCUCCCGAGGCCCUGGCCCUCGGAGCUUCCUGGAGCCGGGUGGUCCCUCCGGCAGCUUUUCCCUCGGCCUCUUCCUACCAGGUGGUCCUGUCCUUCCCCCCGUGUCUGUGUCUCCCCAGGGCCUUCUCUUGACCAAGGGACACUCCUCCGCUCGCCUCUCUGGCUGACCGCCAUUUCUCCCCUGCCUGUUCAUCCAGACCCCACCCCACCCAGUUCCUGCUCCAUCCUCGGCCCGUGGCAUCCCACCACGUCAUGGGAGAGCCCUGCCCCACCCCGGCCCAUCCUCCCCAGCACUCAGGCCAGUUGGCAGGGAGUUCCCAGAACACCGGGCACGAUCCCCGUUCUGCCCUCUGCCCUGCCGAGCUGCCUGCCCACCGAUGCUGACCGAUGGCCUUAGCGUGGGCAGGCUUUGCCGACACUGCCUAGGCAUUCCCGGGGAGGGGCAGAGGACCCCCUCCUGUGUUUGUGUGGGUCCCCGUGCCCUACAGCCGCAUGCCCGUAGCCCCUCUCCCUCUUGCAUGCUUCCCUUGUCCCGCACCCGCACCCACCCAGAUGUGCCGCGGCUCCCUUUGGGGCCACACGCAGGUUGGAUGUCCCCAUUGGGUUGGGCCAGGCAAGACCUGGGGCCCACUGCUGCCCCCCUGUGGUAGGGACUGCGAGGCCUGUGCCAAGCAACAGCUGUCAUUUUCAUGGUUUAUACACAAUAAACUGUGACACCGGGCACAUCUCCGCCUUCCCUGA